GGAUGCACAUAACUCUGCAAUGUUGGGUUAUAUUGGAGAGAGUCUCAGUCUUAAAUCAUUUUCCACACACAGUCUGAUCCUGUAUUUAGUUUUCAUGCUAGUGAGGGCUGAGAAUCCACUCUCACAUAGGUACGUGGUUGCAAAGGGCAUCAGUGUCUUAACAUCGCGAUUUGCCAAGGCAGGAUAGUCUGUGCGCAGCCCAAUACAGAAAUCUGGCAGUGGCUUCUGAUUAAAUUCAGUUUUCACAGAACCGCUUGUUGCAAUUUUGAUGAGGCUCUCUUGUUCAGAUAUCUGUAAGUGGACUGGAGGCAGGGCAUGAAAGGGAUAAUGAAUCCAGUUGUAUCAUCCGUUUCGGAAAAGUACGUGCUUGAUUGCGUACCCAACUCACUCAGGUGCUUCGCUAUAUCACAUUUGACAUUGUCCGUAAGCUUGAGUUAAUUUGCACACAAAAAAUCAUACAAUGAUGGAAAGACCUGUGUGUUGUCUUUGUUAGUGCAGACAUUAACAAAGACGAGCUCCAACUUCUUAAUCAUAGCCUAAAUUUUGUCCCGCACAUUGAAUAUAGUUGAAGAGAGUCCCUGUAAUCAAGGAUUCAGAUCAUUCAGGCGAGAAAAAACAUCACCCAGAUAAGCCAGUCAUGUGAGAAACUCGUUAUUUAUGCAAGUGGUCAGACAAGUGAAAAUGAUGGUCAGUAAAGAAAAGUUUAAGCUUGUCUCUCAAUUAAAAAAAAACGUGUCAAUACUUUUCCCCUUGAUAACCAGCGCACUUCUGUAUGUUGUAAAAGCGUUACAUGGUCACUGCCCAUAUGAUUGCAUAGUGCAGAAAAUACACGAGAGUUCAGGGGCCUUGCUUUAACAAAGUUAACCAUUUUCACUGUAGUGUCCAAAACGUCUUUCAAGUUGUCAGGCAGUUCCUUGGUAGCAAGAGCCUCUUGGUGGAUGCUGCAGUGUACCCAAUUGGUGUCGGGAGCAACUGCUUACACGCGUAUUACCACUUCACUAUGUCUCCCUGUUAUGGCUUUUGCGCCAUCAGUACAGAUACCAACAUGAGCAGCAGCUACGUUUGGCUACAUACGGACCGUUAGUGGAAUGUGAUUGGAUGUUAAUUAUUUCACUAGGCUACCUGUAUUUGACAUUGUGUUGUUAUUUCGCUGAACACUAGAUGGUUUCAUUUUAUUUUUGGCAGUGAAACGAGGCUACUCAGACGAUUAAAAAAAGCUCACCCAAAUGUAUAGCUCUGUUAGAAAAUAUAAAUGGACUGUUUGAAAAUGUGGAGAGAAAAAAAAGUCAAAUGUUUAUUUUAUUUUAUUUUUUAUUCAUGUUGAUCACAUUUUUAUUUGGCGUACGCCCGAUAGCAUUGCGCCCCAGUUUGGGAAUACCUGGUCUACACAAUAGAUGUGUUGUGUUCAUGGACAAUACUGGAUGACAAUGGGACUUUAUGAAUGAUGAUCUCCAUAUCAGAGCUUGAACAAGCACCUUUUUACUAGUUUUCCUGAUUCAUUAAAAUCACAAAGACAGUUUCACACACCAACAAUGAUCUUCAAUGGAGAUCUCCUGCCCUGUCUUGGACUAAUAAUAAGAUAGAUGAGGAGAAAGACAAGUCCAACAGAGAGCUCCAGGAGGAUCUGUCUACAGGUGGUGGCGCCGUAACGUCAGGUCGGGCUGGGGAUGAUGACUGCAGGCAUAGUUCUGGAUACUGUACAGGUGGGUGAAGGGAAUGUAAGGGCUGCAUUCAAUCCAUAUCGCGGAAUUUCCAUGUUAAAAUGUGAAGGUCACAGCUCAGAGAGAAGUUGGGACAUUGUGGGGGGGUCACAGGGACCUCAAUGGCACGCCACCACUAGGAACAUGUCAUUCUUGGUACAACGGGAUGACAGAGGCCUAUUAGUGUGGACAGUUACACUUCUCCCCCUUUUUUCCCCCUCAUAAGACUGGCCCACCGGCCUAAAGAUGGACUGGCCCACCGGGCAUUUGCCCGGUCUGCCCUUUGGCCAGUCCCUUUCAGGUUGGAAGUGACAAACAGGCUAUCUGUGUUUUUACUCAUUAUUGUUGUCCAUCUUAAUGAAGAGUUUACAUAUGGCAAAGCAUUAAACUGUUGACGGACCACAGUCCGACAGAGAAGGUAGUACAGUAUAACAUACACAAAUGCAUCGCAUUCGUCUCGAUCUGUACAGUUCCUAAUAAAAAAAUGCAACCACGUCUACAACAACCUCGGUCUAAAGACAAGCUCUGCAUAGCAAGUGCCAGACAGUCUUUCCUUGGAUUUCAUUAUGUAAUCCUGGAUCCAACUCAAGGUGUGUAAUGGGUUGUCUAGCCUGUCAUAGUGAGUCCCAUAGACUUGCCAUAUAACAACAAACCCAAAGGCCAUUGCUAUCAAUAUGUCAGUGUGGACUACUACAGGUAUAGCUUGUAAGUUUCACUAAACUUUGUUUUCACUGCACACACACUGAGGGUUAUAUGGCUCAAAUAGGCCAGGUUCACACCCAAGUUGUACAACUGUUGUACAGCACAUUUGACAGUGGUUUUGAUCGAUUUUCUUCACAAAAAUAAUUACACAAGCAUUGUGGAGACUGCACAAUGGUUGUGUGUAUACAACUGAAAGCUUGUCUGCACAUAAAUGUAUCACAAAAAUAGCAGUUGUACCAAACCAUUGUGUCAAAUGCGCUGUACAUUAGUUGUACAACCUGUGUGUGGAUAGGGCCAUAGAUCCUAAAGUGGUAGGAAUUUUGACAUUUCAAGUCAACAAUUGGAAAAUCAGAGCAGGCAUUAUCAUAUAAAUAGAAUGAUUAAUGAAGUAAUUAUAUUUUUAUUGCCAUUAUCUUGUGGGUAUAAGCAACAAAUAUUCUCUCAAUUAUAAACGUGUCCCAUAGUCAUGAGUUUACAGUUUAGCUCCGUUUAAACCUGGAGCUAACAUGGGUCCUUUGUCCUGAUCUGGUCUACAUUCUGAUUGUGCCCACAUUUCCAGAAAUGUGUCUACUCAUCACUGGAGGUUGGUGGCACCUUAAUUGUGGAGUACAGGCUCGUGGUAAUGGCUAGAGUGGAAUGAAUAGAAUGGUAUCCAACACAUGGGUUCCAUGUGUUUGAUGCCAUUCCAUUAGCUCCUUUCCAGCCAUUAUUAUGAGCCAUCCUCCCCUCAGCAGCCUACACUGCUACUCAUGGUAUUAAACUGUGUCUGUUAUCCAUCCACUGUCUCUGCAUUGUGACUUCCUGGUUCCUUCCUUUAUGCAAAUGUGUUCACAGCUAUUCAUUCAAAGUCAUAUUUAUUUACUGUAAGACACUUGUUGAUGUAAUCAGUCAAUAGUGCCAUCUGUCAAUGAUUUUAGAGGGCAGAAUAAUGAUGAUGAUUUAAAUGGUUUCUCUGCCCAGAUAUGUCUACACUUGUAAGAUAUCCAGACACAAUGCGUGUCUGACUACCUCAGGAAGUGGGCAGGAUGAUCUGAUCGCAAUGUGUCUUUUGAUUGUCCACAUUUUUAGACAGGUGUAGACAAUCAAAAUGUGUACAAGAUCAGGACAAAGGAUACAAGUUAGAACCAGGUAUAAACGGGGCUUCUAAAUUCCAACAAGGUGUCAGUGGCGGAGCAGGAGGCAACAGACUGUCCACGCCACGUCUCAGGGACGCCUCAGCUGAGUCACUUUCAGUGUGUGCGUGUGUGUAUGUGUGUGUGGGGGGGAACUCGGUUCCUUCUCUCUCUGGAUAACAGCAUGCAGGUCUCAAAUGUCUGUCAUGGUCAUGAAUGAUUAAGAAGCUAUUGAUAUUUACGUCACUUCCAGUGUUUGGCAAAUAUUUACUAAAUGUCUCUCAAGUCAAUGUGGUGUUUCAAUCUGAAUUUAAGUGAGAAGGAAAGGGGGAUAUAUAGAGAAAAAGACAGGGGGUGAGGGGGGUGAGAGACUGUCUAAUAAUAAUAACAGGUAGAAAGAGCCAAAACCCGAUAAAAUCACAGACGACAGCAGCACCCCCUCCUCUCCCAUCCGUUUCAGUCUGAUAGCCCUGCUCGCACAGACGACAGCAGCACCCCCUCCUUCUCUCCCACCCGUUUCAGUCUGAUAGCCCUGCUCGCACAGACGACAGCAGCAUCCCCUCCUUCUCUCCCACCCGUUUCAGUCUGAUAGCCCUGCUCGCACAGACGACAGCAGCAUCCCCUCCUUCUCUCCCAUCCGUUUCAGUCUGAUAGCCCUGCUCGCACAGACGACAGCAGCAUCCCCUCCUUCUCUCCCACCCGUUUCAGUCUGAUAGCCCUGCUCGCACAGACGACAGCAGCAUCCCCUCCUUCUCUCCCAUCCGUUUCAGUCUGAUAGCCCUGCUCGCACAGACGACAGCAGCAUCCCCUCAUUCUCUCCCAUCCGUUUCAGUCUGAUAGCCCUGCUCGCACAGACGACAGCAGCACCCCCUCCUUCUCUCCCACUUGCACAGAAAUAUCAUCACGACCCAAUUUGUUUGCCUCCCAGAGAGGAAAACCCUGCCAGCGACUGGACAGGUACUCUUAACGCUUCGCCUCGGGACUCACACCUUAUCAUCCUCACUCAAUGUCACCCUGCAGUCCUUUGCCUUCCCGAGCCUUAGAACCACGGACCGUCAUCUAUUAUCACCUCGUUUCUCAUCUGCGACUCACCAACCAGCGCAACACGUCACGUCUCUCCAGCCCAACAUGAGAAAGGGACUCCAGGCCAGCCAGGCUGCUCACACAGGGCAGUGGGACGAGCAGAGGCAUCACGAGCAGCGGCUGGGGAGGGCAGAGAAAAAGUUAGCAGCCUUCUGGUUGUCCUUGUCUCAGAGGACGUGGACGUUUUUCAGACCCCGCGGCGGCAAACGCACCGGCUGCUUCCAGCGGAGCUCCUCGGCAGCUCGCCUACUGAAGAGCGAAGCGUGAGGAGUGUGUGUGUGAGUGUUUGUGUCUGUCUGUCUGUCUGUCUGCGUCGGGUGUCAGAAGAGUCCUGGCAGACACCCCUAUCUGGAGGACCCAUAUCUGCGUGUGUAUGUGACCUCCACCCCAGAGGUCAAAGGCAGUCUAUGUCGUUCUUCAGCCUUCUCCACCAUUGGCAUUCUAUCUUUGUUGUGUUAUCUUAGCAACGUUGACUAAAGAUGGAAGGACAAGCUGUCAUUCUAAUGUCAUUCUCAUUCAGAAGGACAAACAAACUGUCAUUCUAAAGCCUCUGAAAUACGUCGAGCCCAGUGGAUUGGUUAAAGAGCGUUUGGCGAUUUGCUGCUGUCGACUGGAAGGAAUCUCCCCUCUUGUUGUCGUCAAAACCAGGCUUCCCUCCUCAGAAGAAACUUCCAUUCACUAAACUAAACUAUCAAAAAGGAGAACAUACCACAGAGAAGACAUUAGUGGUGGAGAUUGGUGUGAAAAGGGGCAGCUGUCACUCCCUUAACCACUACUGGUGACUUUCCAGAUGGGGUAACUGGGACCUGCGGAGACCAUGGUAGUCACCCAUUUAGAGCUAGAGCUGUGCUACCAGGGGAAGAAGCUGAGGGUCUUCACCUGUAAGCUGACCCGCUCCCCCCAUGGCUAUCUGCCUGAGAGUGCCUGGCUCAUCUUGGCUCAGAUCCUACUGCCUUACGUGGUGGCCGGCCUGGGCAUGGUGGCGGCAGGCAUAGUCAUGGACUUGGUUCAACAUUGGGAGGUGUUUAGGGAGAUCACAGAGGUGUUUAUCUUGGUGCCAGCCCUGGUGGGACUGAAAGGCAACCUGGAGAUGACACUGGCAUCCAGACUGUCUACAGCAGCGAACACUCGGCAGCUGGAUGAUCCAAAGCAGCAGUGGAGGAUAGUGUGUAGCAACCUGGCUCUCAUUCAGGUCCAGGCCACAGUGGUGGGUUUCCUGGCUGCGGUAGCUGCAGUGGGGUUGGGCGCGAUGACCAGGGGUCGUGUAGACCUGCUGCAGGCUGCUGUUUUAUGUGCCAGCAGCAUCACCACAGCCUUUGUAGCAGCCCUGUCAUUGGGCCUGGUGAUGGUGGGAGUGAUCAUUGGCUCCAGGAAGGUGGGAAUCAACCCUGACAACGUGGCCACGCCCAUCGCUGCCAGCCUGGGUGACCUCAUCACCCUCUCUCUGUUGGCUGGGGUCAGCAGCUUCCUCUUCCGGUUUAAAGAGAUGUGGUACCUGCCUACUCUGGUGUGUGGCUUUUUCCUGGUUCUCAUUCCGCUGUGGGUGGUCAUCGCCCGGCACUCUCCUCCAAUCAGAGAGGUGCUGAGGUCUGGGUGGCAGCCCGUCAUCAUGGCCAUGUCCAUCAGCAGUAUUGGGGGCCUGAUACUGGAUAAGACAGUGAGCGACCCGAACUUUGAGGGCAUGGCGGUGUUCACUCCCGUAAUCAACGGUGUGGGAGGUAACCUGGUAGCCAUCCAUGCCAGCCGCAUCUCCACCUACCUACACUACUGGAGUAUGCCAGGGACCCUGCCCUUCCAGAUGACACAACACUGGCCUGGCCCCUGCCUGACCUUCUGCUCCUUAGGUCAGCAGUCAAAACACACUUCAACUUCAAACACACAAGAUGACACAACACUGCCCCUGCCUGACCUUCAGCUCACAACACUGCCCUGACCCCUGCCUGACCUUCAGCUCACAACACUGCCCUGACCCCUGCCUGACCUUCAGCUCACAACACUGCCCUGACCCCUGCCUGACCUUCAGCUCACAACACAUCCCUGACCCCUGCCUGACCUUCAGCUCACAACACUUCCCUGACCCCUGCCUGACCAUUUGCUCACAACACUACUCCUGCCUGACCUUCAGCUCACAACACUGCCCUGACCCCUGCCUGACCUUCAGCUCACAACACAUCCCUGACCCCUGCCUGACCUUCAGCUCACAACACUUCCCCUGCCUGACCUUCAGCUCACAACACUGCCCUGACCCAUGCCUGACCUUUAGCUCACAACACUGCCCCUGCCUGACCUUCAGCUCACAACACUGCCCUGACCCAUGCCUGACCUUUAGCUCACAACACUUCCCCUGCCUGACCUUCAGCUCACAACACUGCCCUGACCCAUGCCUGACCUUUAGCUCACAACACUGCCCCUGCCUGACCUUUAGCUCACAACACUGCCCUGACCCCUGCCUGACCUUUUGCUCACAACACUACUCCUGCCUGACCUUUAGCUCACAACACUGCCCCUGCCUGACCUUCAGCUCACAACACUGCCCUGACCCCUGCCUGACCUUUUGCUCACAACACUACUCCUGCCUGACCUUCAGCUCACAACACUGCCCUGACCCCUGCCUGACCUUUAGCUCACAACACUUCCCCUGCCUGACCUUCAGCUCACAACACUGCCCUGACCCAUGCCUGACCUUUAGCUCACAACACUGCCCCUGCCUGACCUUUAGCUCACAACACUGCCCUGACCCCUGCCUGACCUUUUGCUCACAACACUACUCCUGCCUGACCUUUAGCUCACAACACUGCCCCUGCCUGACCUUCAGCUCACAACACUGCCCUGACCCCUGCCUGACCUUUUGCUCACAACACUACUCCUGCCUGACCUUCAGCUCACAACACUGCCCUGACCCCUGCCUGACCUUUAGCUCACAACACUUCCCUGACCCCUGCCUGACCUUCAGCUCACAACACUUCCCUGACCCCUGCCUGACCUUUUGCUCACAACACUUCCCUGACCCCUGCCUGACCUUUUGCUCACAACACUACUCCUGCCUGACCUUCAGCUCACAACACUGCCCUGACCCCUGCCUGACCUUUAGCUCACAACACUUCCCUGACCCCUGCCUGACCUUCAGCUCACAACACUUCCCUGACCCCUGCCUGACCUUUUGCUCACAACACUUCCCUGACCCCUGCCUGACCUUCAGCUCACAACACUUCCCUGACCCCUGCCUGACCUUCAGCUCACAACACUGCCCUGACCCUUGCCUGACCUUCAGCUCACAACACUGCCCUGACCCUUGCCUGUUCUUCACAACACUGGCGUGACCCCUACCUGACUUCAGCUCCUCAGCUAACCAGUCAAACAAACUUAAAAGAAACACAAAACAAGCAGAGGGGGUCAAAUGAACACUGUACACAUCUACACACAAUAUUACUAACCCGUAACAGUCGCCAUGGCGCCCUCAGGCCUGCCUUUGUCUGCCUUUACCUGUGUGCGGCCCUGCUACAGGUCAGAGGUCAAAUUCAUAUGUACCACAGACAUGACACACUGUACCACUCCUACUUUAAAAGGUGACAUAUGAUGAAAAAUGAAUUUAAAAAAAGUACUGGCCUUGGUGAAGACUGAAUAUGGCCCCUGGGGAAUUUUAUUUUGAUACUUCUAUGCUAUAGUAUUUUAUUCUAUUGAAUUUAAUUGAACCUAGUUAUUCCAUAGUGACACUGCAAAAAUAAAGUCGUAAGUCUGUAUUGCCAUAAACCUGUGAACUUUGUGAUAAAUUAAGAGAAAGUUCAUGUCAAUUUUAUGUCAAUUAUAUGUAUUUAUUUUAUUUUACCUUUAUUUAACUAGGCAAGUCAGUUAAGAGCUAAUUCUUAUUUACAAUGACGGCCUACCAAAAGGCAAAAGACCUCCUGCGGGGACGGGGGCUGGGAUUAAAAAAUAAAAUAAAUAACAUAAAUAUAGAACAAAACACACAUUACGACAAGAGAGAACACUACAUUAAGAGAGACCUAAGACAACAAUAUAGCAAGGCAGCAACACAUGACAACACAGCAUGGUAGCAACACAACAUGACAACAACACAACAUGGUAGCAGCACAAAACAUGGUACAAACAUUAUUGGGCACAGACAACAGCACAAAGGGCAAGAAGGUAGAGACAACAAUACAUCACGCAAGCAGCCACAACUGUCAGUAAGAGAGUCCAUGAUUGAGUCUUUGAGUGUUUGUUUGUUUGUGGGUCUUGAGAGAUUACCAGUUUACAGAGGACUGUAGAGUGCAGUGAUGUGUCCUAUAAGGAGCAUUGGUGCAAAUCUGAUGGCCCGAAUGGUAAAGAACAUCUAGCCACUCGAGAGCACCCUUACCUGCUGAUCUAUAAAUUAUGUCUCCGUAAUGGGUAGGAUGGUCAUCUGAAUCAGGGUUAGUUUGAUUGAGCCUAGGGGUACUCUCUUGGUGACAGGCAGUGGCUGAGACAGCAGAUUUUCUGACUUUAUACACUGCACUCUUGAGAGAGAUAGUUAUCAAACCAGGCCAAAGACCCCUCAGAGUCACGAAUGGUCUACCGUAUCAAAAGCUUUGGCCAAGUCAAUAAAAAAGCAGCACAACAUUGCUUAGAAUUAAGGGCAAUGGUGACAUCAUUGAGGACCUUUAAGGUUGCAGUGACACAUCCAUAACCUGAGCGGAAACCAGAUUGCAAACCCAAGAGAAUACUAUAGACAUCAAGAAAGCCAGUCAGUUGAUUAUUGACAAGUUUUUCCAACACUUUUGAUAAACAGGGCAAAAUAGAAAUAGGCCUAUAACAGUUAGGAUCAGCUUGAUCUCCCCUUUAAAUAAAGGAUGAAGCGUGGCAGCCUUCCAAGCAAUGGGAACCUCCCCAGAGAGGAGAGACAGAUUAAAAAGGUCAGAGAUAGGCUUGGUGAUGAAGGGGCAGCAACCUUAAAGAAGAAAGGGUAUAAACCAUCUGACCCAGAUGGUUUUUUGGGGUCAAGUUACAGGAGCUCCUCUAGCACCUCGGAGUCAGUGACUGCCUGCAGGGAGAAACUUUGUAUCGGGGCAGGGGUAAAAGAGGGAGAAGCAUCGGGGCUAGUCGCAUUAGAAGGGGUGGGAGAUGAGGAAAUGUUGGACGGGCAAGGAGGCAUGGCUCAGUCAAAUAGAAAUCCUGACUUAAUGAAGUGGUCAUUAAACAACAACCACAUCAGUAACAACCACAUCGUAAACUUUAAGUGACAUGGGCAGCUGUGAGGAGAAGGGUUUAUUCUCCAGGUCUUUAACCGUUUUCCACAACUUCUGGGGUUAGAUCCACAGAGAUAGAACUGCUCCUUAAAGUAACUAACUUUUGAAAUGUCAAUUUCACGGACAGAUGUUCCUUUACAUUACGCCUCUCUUUUGUUUGGAUCUCACACAUUGAGGGUUUGGUUUGAGCAAAAUCAUAGUUUUACACUACGAGAGCCAUUGCCGAUAUAAACAACGGCCUUAGUAGAAAUGUUAAUACGAGAUUUACUGUUUUCAGCCCUCUUGCCAAACUCCGGCGCUGCAAUUCAAACCACACGUCGCUGAAAAUGCUGACCAGUAUACCGAUACAUCUGUAGUCCUGCUACUUAUCAGAUGAAACAUAUUUUUCAGUAGAGUUGAUAUGACCUGUGGUGUCAUUAGCCACUUUUUAGAUACUUGAAAAAACAAAAAUAAAUGUAUACAGGCAGUGUGACCCAUGUACGUGUUUUUGCCCUUAAUGUUUAUUGUUCACAUGACCUCAACAUAUUUUUACUUGUUCACAUACAGUGUGGGUUGCCAGUAAUCUACAUAAUAAUGGGAUGUUACUAGACAGUAUAACAGAGAAGCUAUUGAACAUGGCCUAUACAUCUUUCCCAGGGUGAAGGGACAUUGUAUUACAGCUUCUGCACUGUCCAACUUCCCUCAGUUACCUGCACUAGUGAGUUACUCAUCGUGCUGUCAACUGAUUCACAGGUUGUGAUUCUGCUGUACCUGGCUGACCUGAUGGUGCGCUGGAUGUGGCGGAGGGGGCUGGACCCGGAUAACUACUCUAUCCCGUACCUCACGGCUCUGGGGGAUCUGUUGGGGACCGGCUUCCUGGCCCUGAUCUUCAGGGCCAUUCAAUCUAUACCAGCCCACCAUGUCUAGUGCGACUGAAGUUUAGAUUUAACAACGUGGCCUACACACUGUAGUUUCACAGGCCUCCGACAACCACCAAGCUUGACUUCACAUACAGUCUCUUGGCUCCACAGAAGCCCUGUUUAUGCCUGCCGUUAACAUACGUCCUUCGUCCUGAUCUUGUCCGUUUACACUUAUAAGAUCUGAUCACAAUGCGUCUUUUAAAAGUCUGCACAAUCAGAAUGUGGAAAAGAUCAGGGAAAAGGCGGCAUGUUAGAACCAGGUAUCAACAGGGCUUAAGAAAUGAAUGCUGAUAAGGGAGAUGCUGUAUACUGUAGCUCGACAGUCUUUCAGCACCCAGUAACCACAUAGAAGCUACCUGUUGAGAUGUCCUCUGUAAACGCUUUAAUGGUAAAAUGGCAAAUGCACUGUACUAAAGCAAUAAUGUUGUCUGCGCUUGUUUGUUUGCUGACUGUCUAUACAUUUAUCCUCAUGCUCAAAAAUGGUUCACUUGUGAGUUUAGUCACAAUAAAUGUACUAAUGCACUCACGGGAUAUACACACUAUAAACCAAUAGAGGACAUGGGAUAAAUCCAUGUGUCACAAUUUCAAUGAUCGACCACUGCUAUUUUCAUUUGUGCCUUUAAAACAUUACUGUAGAAACUACAGGAGUCAUGUGCAGUAUUUAUUUUCUUGUUAUUAGUCAAGUAAUGACAUCGGCAAUGUUGCUUGAUCGGCAAUUAGUCUGCUGGAGUGAAUUGGUUUGAAAGUGAAUGUUUGUAUCAACGUCUCUAACACAUACUGUACCACUGUUGCCCACAUUUUGUUCUAACUUUUUUGUGCCAAAAGUGUUAUGCUUAUCUCUUCAAAUAAAUGGGUCCUUUUAAGUCAAUUAAUAUAUACUUUUAAAAACAGGCUUAAAUCACAUUUGAUGCUCUGCAAUGACACAAACAAUAUAACUUUCACCAAAGAUUUAAACAGUUCGACAUGUUGACUUAGUAUGUACGUGUUAGUGUAACCGAUGUGAAAUGGCUAGCUAGUUAGCGGUGGUGCGCGCUAAUAGCGUUUCAAUCGGUGACGUCACUCGCUUUGAGACCUUGAAGUAGUGGUUCCCCUUGCUCUGCAAGGGCCACGGCUUUUGUGGAGCGAUGGGUAACGAUGCUUCGUGGGUGACUGUUGUUGAUGUGUGCAGAGGGUCCCUGGUUUGCGCCCGGGUCGGGGCGAGGGGACGGACUAAAGUUAAACUGUUACAUGAACAAUAGUCAGAUUGUACCUAGAGAGCAAGUUAUUUUAGUAACCCAAUUGUAUCAAUGUGUUCCAUUGUUGGAAUAAAACCAUUCACAUACAA